AUGGGACUUAGUGUACCCGCUAUGGCAUUCGAUCGAUCGAUGGCUCAGAUACUGAGGGACCCACCACUGAAGAUAAAAGUCUCACCUACCUAUGUAGUACCGUCAUAUGCUCCUAGAUUGUGCGCACUUGUUCUGUAUCUCAAGACUGCACCCAUACCCAUGGUAGCCCCUCUGUUCAGCUUCCAAAUCUAUAUACAAAAGGCCCUUAUAUUUGAUCCAAUUAGAGCUAGAGCUAUGUUAUAUAAAUUAAGGAUUUCACUACUCCGACUAACAAUCAGCUUUCAUACGACGUGUUAA